CAAAUAAACCAACCCUUCAUUUAUAAUUCAUUUGAUGCUUAUCUCUGAUUGGGUUGUAUAAUGAAAAUGGCAAAGCAAGUUGUGGUGUGUGUUCUUGGUGUUCUUGGCCUUGCUCUAACCUGCAAAGCAACUUUUUACACCGUCGGGGAUAGCUCCGGUUGGGAUAUUAGCACUGAUCUUGAUACAUGGGUGAAGGGCAAGACAUUCGCCGUUGGGGAUGUCUUAUUGUUCCAAUACUCAUCAACCCACAGCGUGAAUGAGGUAACAAAAAACAAUUACCAGGGGUGCAACACGACCAAUGUACUACAAUCCAGUAGUAAUGGGAACACAACAUUUCCUCUCUCCACACCUGGUGACAGGUACUACGUUUGUGGCGACAAAUUGCAUUGCCUCGGAGGAAUGAAACUUCACAUUAACGUCGCAGGCAAUCAAGCCGCGUCGCCCACCAAUGCCCCGGAGUCCGCUACCACCUCUCUUCCGACGACGCCUUCUUCCAAGAGCAACAACCCUACAACUCUAACUUCUAGUGGCUCAACUGUGUUUGUUCAUGGUGGAAUGGGUUCUCUUGUCUUGGGUUUUAUGGGUUUGGUGACUAGUACUAUGUUUUGGGUGUUUUGAAGUUGUCUAUAAUGUGUUCCUAUAUGUAAUUUUUAUUUUUUUGGUAUACCAAUCUCAUUUUAAAUAAAUGUUUUAUAGCUGCAGAUCUGAAAAAGAGAAAUGUUAUAUGUGGCGGAAAUUUUUUUAAUGUUAUUUCAUGGUAUAUGUGGUUAUGAUGA